ACAACCCUCUGCUGUCCACCAAAGUUUCAGUGACAGUCAAUGUCUUGGACGUGAACGAGUUCCCUCCUGAGCUGGCGAUUCCUUCAGAUACGUUCGUCUGUGAAAACUCCAAAAUAGGACAGGUGAUUCAGACGGUCAGCGCUGUGGACAAGGACCUUCCUCCUGUCGGCCAGAGGUUCUUCUUCAAGUCCCCCAAAGAGCUCCGCAACAGAAACUUCACUGUUCGAGAUUUUGGAAACAACACAGCCGGCAUUGUGGCUCGGCGCUCAGGUUUUCAGCGGCGGCUGCAGGACGUCUACGUUCUUCCUGUUGUGGUUGAAGACAGCGGUUAUCCCGCCCAGAGCAGCACGACCACCGUCACCAUCCGAGUGUGUUCCUGCGAGGCCGGAGGCUCGCUGCUGACCUGCUCAGCGGAGGCCAUAUUCCUGCCUGUGGGCCUCAGCACUGGAGCUUUGAUGGCGAUUCUUCUGUGUGUGGCUUUGCUGAUGGUCAUGUCGGCUUUAUACAUGGGUCAGAGACGUCACAAACAGAAAGACACUCUGAUGACGUCAAAGGAGGACAUCCGUGAUAACGUCAUCCACUACGACGACGAGGGCGGCGGCGAGGCCGACACUCACGCCUUCGACAUGGGAACUCUGCGCAACACGCACUCACAACGCACCAGCACUCACAGCAGCAGCUCCAAGAAGGAGAAAAAUGGCUACGGCGACGGCGUUCUGCUGCACCUCAGCAGUCGCGGCGACGACGUCAGGUCACCUGACAUCCACCGAGAAACGGCCUGCGUCAUUUCCGCCGUGAACGGAAAGUCUACACUCUCUUCCCGCGGCAGAGUGACUGAGGGCGAUGCUGAAAUGAUCAGGGAGUUCAUAGAACACCGGCUGGUGGAGAGCGGCCAGGGUUACGCCGCUCCGCCCUACGAUUCAUUGGCGACCUACGCUUACGAGGGCGACGGCUCGGUGGCCGGCUCCCUCAGCUCCAUAGAGGAGACAUUUGUUAUUGAUGAAUCGGGGGAUUUUAGCUCCCUCGGUGACUGGGGACAGCCGUUUAAAACCCUGGCUAGCAUUCUGGACAGACAGCCGCCUACACUGUCUGAGGAGAGCUGA